AUGGACAAAUUCGCGAAUAAGUACCUGCUGUGGCAGGCGAUCUGCGAGUGUGGACGGUACAGCAAGCCGUUCGUUACAACCGGCACCAUAAACGGGCAGAUUUAUCGAGAGGAAUGCUUGCAGAAGCGCUUGCUGCCCUUCCUCCGCUCUCACCGUGGUCCCACGCUGUUCUGGUCGGAUCUCGCUUCGUGCCAUUACGCCAAGCCUGUAAUGGAUUGGUACGAAGCGAAGGGCGUUAAUGUGGUCCCGAAGGAGGUGAACCCGCCAAAUACACCAGAACUUCGUCCGAUCGAAAAGUUUUGGGCGAUAAUGAAGAAGAAGUUGAAGAAAAGCGGAAAAACAUUCAAAACCGAUGAAGCUUUGAAGAAAAACUGGGAGAAAUUGUGUAAGGAAGAUGGGCAAAGCCUCGCCCAAGAUCUCAUGAGUAGUGUUAAGAGAAAUGUACGAGCAUUCAGCUUGGGGGAGGAAAUUCAAUAA